AUCAAACAUAGCCGCCAUUUUCGUUACGGAUCAACAUAUCUGAAAGUGUAUCAAGUUUUGGUUUAGUUUAGUUUAGUUUAGUUUCUGGAGAUGCUGAAACAAGGCAUUGCUUUGAUGCUAUUGGCAGUUGCCGUAGGUGCUGGAAAUCCUCAAGAGUUUUCUUCACAGAAGAAUCUUGGCAGAAGCAGCUUUCCAAAGGGCUUUGUUUUUGGGACCGCGUCUUCUUCCUAUCAGUACGAAGGAGCUGUGAAAGAGGAUGGAAGAGGCCAAACAAUCUGGGACACAUUUUCACACUCUUUUGCGAAAAUUAUUGAUUUCAGCAAUGGUGAUGAAGCAAACGAUCAGUACCACUUAUACCCUAACGAUAUACAGCUCAUGAAAGAUUUGGGAAUGGAUGCCUACAGGUUUUCCAUUGCUUGGUCUCGGAUUUUCCCAGAUGGAAUUGGGGAAAUCAACCAAGCUGGAAUCGAUCAUUACAACAAACUCAUCGACGCUUUAUUAUCCAACGGAAUCCAACCUUAUGUGACACUCUACCAUUGGGACCUUCCCCAACCUCUUCAAGACAAAUACUUGGGAUGGCUACACCCUCAGAUCAUACAAGAUUUCGCAGCAUACGCCGAGACAUGUUUCAGGGAGUUCGGUGACAGGGUAAAGCACUGGAUCACGCUCAACGAGCCGCAUUCCUUUGCCGUCCAAGGCCACGAUCUCGGGAUUCAUUCUCCGGGCCGCUGCUCCAUUCUUCGUCACGCAAUUUGUAGAGCCGGAAACUCUGCAACCGAGCCUUACAUCGUCGCACACAACGCGCUCCUUUCGCACGCGGCUGCUGUCAACAUCUACCGGACAAAGUACCAGCCUCAGCAGAGUGGAUCGAUCGGAAUAGCGCUGAAUUCCUUCUGGUAUGAACCGGAGACAAACUCCUCGGAAGACUUGGAAGCGACGCAAAGGGCUCUAGAUUUUCAGUUAGGCUGGUUCAUCGAGCCUAUAGUUUAUGGACAGUAUCCGGUCACGAUGAGGGAUCGAGUAGGUAGCCGGUUGCCAAAAUUCUCGCCUACCGAAUCUGCGCAAUUGAAGGGCUCUUUUGACUUCAUAGGAGUCAACCACUACACUACCUGGUUCGCCCGAGCAAACCAUUCGAACAUGCUCGAUGUCCUGCUCAACAACUCCCUUGCAGACUCUGGCGCCGUUACUCUUCCAUUUAAGAACGGGAAGGCAAUCGCAGCAGACAGGGCAAACUCCAUAUGGCUGUACAUCGUGCCUCGCGGCAUAAGAAGCUUGAUGAACUACAUCCGGUACAAGUACGGAAACCCGGUAGUGAUCAUCACUGAAAAUGGUAUGGAUGAUGGAAACAGACUGUUUGUCUCUAUUAAAGAUGCGGUUAAGGACGAGGAGCGGAUCGAGUAUCACAAAGGCUACCUUGUGAAUCUAUUAGCUGCUAUCAACGAAGAUGGGUGCAAUGUGAAGGGAUACUUCGUGUGGUCGUUGCUGGAUAAUUGGGAAUGGACAUCUGGUUAUACUUCCAGAUUCGGGCUAUACUACGUUGAUUACAAAGACAAGAACAAGAAGAGAUAUGCAAAGGAUUCUGUCCAGUGGUUCAAGAAGUUCUUGGCUUCGUAGAUAAGACUGUAGCAGAAAUC